GGGCUGGCUGGCGGGGUGGGCAGGGAGGCCGGGCCGGGGGAGCCGGAGCCCUUUGUGUAGGUGCGAGAGAGCCGCGGGGAUGGUGCCCGCCGCCGCCGCCUCCCGGGUAAGGGGCCGCCUCCCCGGAGCAGAGCAGCUCCUUUCCCUCAGGCGCCGCUCGCCUCGCACUUCCCGCCCCGCUCGCCCCUUUCUCCGCUCCCCAUUCCGGGACGAGAGGAGCCCCUUCUCCUUCUUCGCCCGGCUUCCCUCGCCCCCCACGGGGCUUGCUCUGCCUCGUCUCCCUCCUUGCCCUCCAUCCCACACUCGCCCGCACUUUCCCCCCCUUUCCAGUCCAAACUUCUUUUCCCUCCCACUUUGGGCCGGUCUCCUCUCCCCCCAACUCCACCUCUGGGUCUCACCUGCCCCCCAGGCCCGUUUCUCCUCCCCACUUGCCAAACGAGAGAUACCCUCCCCUCCCCAUCAUUCCAGUUUUAACCUUACUUCCACAUCUCCUGGACUUACCAAAAAGAGAAAGAAAUCGUGUUCACGACCCUGACAGAACCUUGCGCCUCAAAACCUAUUUCCACUUGCAUCUCUUUUUUUUGCAGUGAUGAUGUCCAUCGUCGUCAUCAUUCACUUUGGUUACGAAGUGAUCCCCGUCACCUCGUCUUGUUGCAUGAAGAAGGGGCAUAGAGCCGUCUUCUGCCUUAGUGAACGGCUAUUCAGUGUUCUUCCAUCCUGCUGGGAUGCAGAGUUGAGUUUCGUUUUCAUGGUGGGCAUAAGGGGCCCAGAGUGCUUGAAAUUGCGCUAAGAUAGCAUCCCUGCCUGUUUGCUUAAUGCACAGAACCUUAGGAAAGAACACAAGGGAGUUUUAACAUGAGUUUUGCACUGCACAUUUUAUUGUGUUGGUCAGCUGGGUUAAAAGUUAAAACCCACCUGGAGGCUCAUAAACAAAGAGACAACAGGUUGUGUCUGGAAGGAAAUGUGCAGAGGGGAGUUUAAAUUUCUAGUCUUUUGGCCUUCUGCCAACCAAGUUUUAAAACUUCCAGUCCAGUUGUUAAAAGGGGUUAGUAGAACUUAUUUUCACAGUAAAUGUGUGUCUUUAAAAAGGAGGUUUUCUGAAUGUGUGACAAACACUAAAAGGAAAAAAAAUAAACAUAGACAGGAAUAGCAGUUUCGAACUGAAAGGGAACGGUGUGAACUGGCAAUCACACUCCCCCCGCCCCCAACUUGGAGAAUUACUGUUAUAUCUCUGAUGGAAAGAUAGCUGGUGAACUGGUCCCAGAACUGUGUAUAAGUAGACGUGGGAAAUGGUAUGGAAGUGUGUAAUGUUACGUUACACAGAGUGAUACUACAUCCUGACAUUCUAAUUUGUAGUAUAUGCACCACGCUCUUUCCCACCUCACACCCUCAGAGCAUUUUGUCAAAAGCAGCUAUGUUUCCUUGUAAUAGAAAUAAUAAAUGUAUGGCGUUUUCUUUUUUUAUUAAAAUCAUCUUUACUCCACCUUUCCCUUUACAGAAUGUCCAAGGUGGCAUACUAAUAGUUUAGGUUUAUUAUAUUUUGGGCUUCAUUCAAAACCAGUAAGAACAGAAACUAACUUUGCAUUUUCUCCUCUCUAGAGGACCUUGCCAGGUGAGCUUCAGAGCCUGGAAGCCGCCUUCUGGUGCAGCUGAGGAACGGACAGGAGUAAACAAGAAGUGAGCAGGAGAAGGAGGUUUUCGGCAGCUGUCAAGAUGGGCAUGAGGAUCAAGCUGCACAGCACUGACCACCCCAACAACCUGUUGAGGGAACUUAACAAAUGCCGGUUGUCAGAGACUAUGUGUGAUGUUACCAUUGUGGUGGGCAGUCGUACCUUCCCUGCACACAAAGCAGUUCUGGCGUGUGCAGCAGGCUACUUCCAGAACCUUUUCCUCAGUACAGGUCUGGAUGUGACCCGCACCUACGUGGUGGAUUUCAUUACUCCAGCCAACUUUGAAAAGAUUCUGAACUUUGUCUAUACCUCAGAGCUCUUUACAGACCUGAUCAAUGUGGGUGUCAUUUACGAGGUUGCUGAAAAAUUGGGCAUGGAUGAUUUGCUGAAGGCUUGCCAUUCCACGUUCCCAGACUUGGAAAACUCAGCCAACACGAAACAACCUUCUGUCUCAGGUGAAAGCCGGCCAACUGGCAUGUCUACUGAGCCGAACCAUGCCCUGGGUGAAAUCCGAAACAGCGGGGAGCACCCGGGACCAGAGCGGAGUUGCAGUAUGCAGAGUGAAGCACCAGGUGGCUACAAAGAAGAUUCUGCAAAUGAAGGCAGCCAUAACUUAAUGCACCAGCAGACUCCCAAAACCGAAGAACAGGAAUCACCAGCACAGUUCACUGGUGCCAUGAGCAUUAUGACACAGGCUGGUCUCAGCAAUGUCAGCAUGGCUGUUCAAACCACUGUCAACUCAUGUCAUCCAUAUAAACUCCAGAACAACGGGGAUUACAACAAAGGCAAUUUUUUUGCUUCGGAUGCAUCAUUGGAUAUAUCAACAGGCAGCAACUCCUGCCCUAGCAAUAGUGAUCACUCCAAAGACCAGGGCUUUGGGCAGAUGGAUGAGCUGCAGCUAGAAGAUCUAGGGGAGGAUGAACUACAUUUUGAAGAUCCCAGCGAGGAGCUAGGUGCUGCAGAGGAAGUUAUUGAGCUGAGCGAUGACAGUGAAGAGGAGCUAUCCUUUGAGAAUGACAACCGUGAUAACAAGGCCAUGCCCUGUCAAGUGUGCAAAAAGGUUUUGGAGCCCAACAUACAGCUGAUCCGCCAACAUGCCAGAGACCAUGUGGACCUCCUGACUGGCAACUGCAAAGUCUGCGAGACCCAUUUCCAAGACAGGAACUCCAGAGUCACUCACGUCCUGUCUCACAUUGGGAUAUUCCUUUUCUCCUGUGAUAUGUGUGAGACUAAAUUUUUCACCCAGUGGCAGCUCAGCCUUCACCGCCGCGAAGGGGUGUUUGACAACAACAUUAUCAUCCAUCCUAGUGACCCGCUUAUAGGGAAGGUCAACUUGUUCAGUGGGGAUUUAGCAUGUGCCACCUGUGGGAAACUCCUCGCCAAGGAUUUUCAUAUGGUUCGGGGCCACAUCUUGGACCAUGUUAACUUGAAAAGCCAAACAUGUGGCGUGUGUGACCAGCGGCACCUCAAUCUCUGCAGCUUGAUGUGGCACACCCUUUCCCACUUGGGCAUUUCUGUUUUUUCUUGCUCCGUUUGUGCCAACAGUUUUGUGGACAGGCACCUCCUGGAGAAGCACAUGGCAGUCCACCAAAGCAUGGAGGAAGCCCUCUUUCGGUGUCACUACUGUGGCCAAGCUUUUAAGCUGGAAGCUGCUUACCGCUACCAUGUGAGCCAGCACAAGUGCAGCUCUGGCUUGGACCUUGUCCGGCCCAGUUUUGGCGACCGACUCCACCAGCAAGCUCUGCAGAAGAGGAAGCUGACAGAGGAGUUCCUAAGUGAGGAUGUGGCUCUUCAGAGCCAACCUGGAAACAGUAAGUACAGCUGCAAGGUGUGCGGAAAGAGAUUUGCCCACACAAGCGAAUUCAAUUACCACCGGCGGAUCCACACAGGGGAGAAGCCAUAUCAGUGCAAAGUGUGCCACAAGUUCUUCCGUGGGCGUUCCACCAUCAAGUGCCACCUGAAGACACACUCUGGGGCUCUCAUGUACCGGUGCACGGUUUGUGGGCACUACAGCUCUACCCUUAACCUUAUGAGCAAGCAUAUAGGUGUGCACAAAGGCAGCCUUCCACCUGACUUCACCAUUGAACAAACUUUCAUGUACAUCAUCCAUUCCAAAGAUACGGAGAAAAAUACAGACAGCUAAUGUAGCAGUAUUUGCGGAGUAAGCACUACUUGCAGGUAGCAAAGAAGCUUGUUUCUGUUUUUAAAAAACAACGUUACAUUUUAAUGGUCAGGCAUCAUCAGCAUUGUACUUUACUUCCCUUUGCCUUGUUAGAGGGUUUCUUAAAUCGUCGUUCUGUGAAAACAACAGCACGUUACAUGUGUUACUGUUCUUGAGAAACCUGUCUGUUUACCUCCUGCUGAGUCCAGGGCUCAUUAUUUCAAGUCUUAGAAACAGGCUGUGCCUCCCCCUCAACGGAUAGGUUUCACACCUCAUAUCUCUCCUCCCUCCAUCUCUAAUUUGAGAUCUUGAAAAGAUUUAUGCUGCUAAGAUAUAUUAAUGCUACACAUCAGCAGGGAUAGCAGGAGAGAAAGUGGGGGGCGGGUAAAAGGAAUUAUUUAUGUGCUGCUAUUGGGAGGGUAGAAGUUCUAUAAAAACUUACAAUGCAGUCCCCAGCACGCUUACUCAGAGGUAAGUCCACCUUUGUUUAAUGGUGACUUGCUCUCUGCCUUGUAAGUGUGCUUUGCAUUCUUAGCCUUAGCUUCGUGUCAGUAAGUUUGUAUUUCCCUCCCACCAGGAUUGCCAUAUAUAUGGCCAGUUCUUCUUCCUGUGCCUUUAACAACCAUGUGAUCUGCAGACAUGGUUGUUAGGGCUCAUUUCCAUGUCACUUGCUGAUUUCUGUAGGUAAAAACUGCCAGAAAAAGCCACAGUAGCAGGUUAGUUCGCACCCAGCCUUUGCCUUUUGCCCUUUUCCAUGAAACUAUGAGUUGGUUUUACAAAGUUCCACUUUAACAAAAUCAAAAGAGGGCAUAAAAAUGGUGUGGUGGAAUGGAGGAGAGUUUUGCCAAAUGUGAACAUUCUGGAUUUUUUUUUUUUUUUUGAAGGGGUGCCCUAGAAAGGACUCUUAGCUUUUGAGUAUAAGCAUAUAGAGGCUUUAGCAAUAGUGUUUUAUCUCCAACAUCCACUUUCAAAAAAGAAGUGUUCUUAGGGCAUCAUAAAACAGCUUUGGGGCUCCUUCCUUUCCUCCAGCAAUAUUAACUCAGUGCUGGUGUCUUGAACAUUGAGAUGAAUGUCUCAGGGGUCACAUUCUUGAAAGUCUUUGACAUAGCUCUGUGGACAGUGCCAGGGUUUUAGGUUGCAGUUCUAUACACAGCUGGGAAUAAGUCUCAUUGAUCUCAGCGGGGCUUACUUCAGCCUCGUUAUGUGUAUUAUUGCACUGUUAGUUCUGUUUGAAAAUAUAUUGUUGCCUUAAGGAAGUGUCUCUGGAAGGAGGAAUGACAGGUUUAGGGCAGAUUAUUAUCUCUCUUUUUUGAAGGGGGGGUUGCAUAUUAAAUAUUCAGCUCUUAAUCAUUUGUUUGGAGGGAUUCAUAGAUCUUUUCAAAGUAGCACUUUUGUUGCAGGGGUAUCCUAUUUUCCAGCACACAAACCAUAGCAUUUUGUUGCAAGGGGAAAAGCAAUCACUCUCUCUCCUCACCCACCCCACCUUCUAGCACAUCAACUCUGACUGUGCCAUGUACAAUGUGGUUGUGUUGGUGUCACAGGUGCUCUUGGAAUGAAGAGAUGCAAUUUUUCUGCAGCAGUGAGGCCAGUUUGAAUGUGCCUUUACCACUCAGUACAAAUAGACAUUUUCUCCAGGAUUAUGCUCUGACCAAAAAACAAACCCAAACAAAUUUAUCCAAAACACCCAGUUCUUCAAGUUUGCAGCAAAAGCCGGCUGUGGAUGGCAUCAAUUUCCUAAUACCCAUUACAUCACCAAGAAGCAUGUACCCAAAUCCCUACAGUUUUUAAAAUAGGCUCAUUUUAGAAGGUGCAGGAUGAACAAAGAAUGAGUAAGCAUACAAGUGAUGCUUUAUAAAGAGGUGGGCACCCCCUCUGAAGUAUGGGAAGAAGGACAAGUCUAGUGGUCAAUCCAGCAUUUGACUUGAUAGGAUGUGUGUUUGUCAUACAGAUUAUUUAAACUGGAAGGAUAAAGAAUUUGCAACAAAGGGUCAUUCUUAAAUUAUAUGUUUCUUCAUCCUUGGGCAGCAUGACAUCACAAACAUGGAGCAACAUUAAUUCCCCCUAUCUCCAUUGCAGAGCAAUUAUAUAAACUUUUAAAAGGUUUUAUUCUCAUUAAUAUUUGUAAAGUCUUUAGAGUUUGAGUGCUCUCGUGCUGGAAUGCGUAUUUAGCCCAUCAUCAAGAAGUAGUGGAAAACACCAUCAAUUGAUUAUUUGUUUUUAAGUUCUUUAAGGGCUGUGCACUUUCCCCCUCCAGCCUGGAACACACUUCUCUUCUUCUUUUUAAUUUUUACACUAUAGCAAGGUAUCCCCCCCCUUUAUUACAGUGGUACUGGAUUUGUGGUAACAUAUGGGGUUUUUGUCAUCUGAAAUGCCUCUGGGUGUUUGUCCCUUGUGGCAAUGAAAAACCAGUGUGUGCUUGUGUAAUUGACAAUAACAAUUAUGCUGUCUUUUGAAGUGAGGUUGUAACCUACCUUCCUUUUCCUUUUCCUUUUCCUAUUCCUUUUCCUUUUCCUGCAACCCUGACAGGUGCUUUCUGGAGGGAUGCAACAGAACAGAUUGAUCACAGGGCACAGAUCCAGACUCAGUUUGAACUACACUUGUGGCUUUAUCCUAUAGGUUGUACUUUAUGCUUUCUAAGUGCAGUACUAUGUGAAAUCCAGGCAGGCGGGUGGAUGAGAGAAACGUACGUUAACAAAUGUAGCAGCUGGCUUGAGAUCUGCCCCUAAGUUUAAUGCAAACUACCUCAUAGGGAGGAAGUCCUGGAGUCUUAAAAACCAGUGGUAUGUACAAAUAGGCUUCCAGGCUUCUGUAUAUGAAAACACUGUUGUUAAAGAAAAACAGAAAUCCACAUAAUGCUGCUCUAGCCCUGACCCAUGGCUCUGACAGUAAUUCCAGUAGGGCAGCCUUGGGCAGGUUGCUUUGCUCUCUGCUUACAGUACCUACCUCUAAGGGUGUUGUGAAGAUUGACUGCUUUGAUUUUUGUCAAGGAAAAAAAGCACUUAGGUAUGUCUUCUCGUUUUCUUAUAAGAAUGUUGCUGUCUUAAAAUAGCCCCCAGCAUGCAAGAAAGUGUUCUGACAUAUCUCUCAAUUCCUUUCCUCCUUGUGACCUCUGAAUAGCAAACACCAAACAGGACACACUAAGGAAUUAACUCAACAAUAUAGCGGACAAGACUAUUCCUAAGUUUAAGUAAUGCUGGAAGCAUUCAGUGUAAGGAUGUAAGAGUUGUCAGAGGAAUUUACUACUUCUAGUAGUACCACUAGUACUUAGUUAAUGUCAGGGCCACAUGUCUAGACCCACAGGGCUUGAGAAAGGAACUGAAGCCUAAGAAAGCCCAAGGUCCAGCUGUGGACUAAUGGCAGACGGACAGUAUUUUAUUAUUUAUACGAGCCCUGGCCAGUCAAAAAGCUUCAUACUAUCCUUCAACUGGAGGGGCUGAUGUUACACACUCUUAUUGCUUCUCUAUGCCUGAAGAGGGCUGAGCCCAUAAAGUAGCACACCAGGCUCAGCCCCAGUCUUGGUUUCUGAAGCUCUUGGUUCAAGUUCUGGAGUCCAAGACAAUAAUGGAUGUACUCCCCAGGUGUUGAACAGAACCAUGUUUUCGUAGUUAAGAUGCCUUCAUUGGAAGUGAUGGAGAAGGAGCUAUAUUGGAUCUCACCCAGUAAGGACUUAUUCUCGACUUCUAGAAUCAUAGAAUCAUAGAAUCAUAGAGUUGGAAGAGACCACAAGGGCCAUCGAGUCCAACCCCCUGCCAAGCAGGAAACACCAUCAGAGCACUCCUGACAUAUGGUUGUCAAGCCUCUGCUUAAAGACCUCCAAAGAAGGAGACUCCACCACACUCCUUGGCAGCAAAUUCCACUGUCAAACAGCUCUUACUGUCAGGAAGUUCUUCCUAAUGUUUAGGUGGAAUCUGCUUUCUUGUAGUUUGGAUCCAUUGCUCCGUGUCCGCUUCUCUGGAGCAGCAGAAAACAACCUUUCUCCCUCCUCUAUGUGACAUCCUUUUAUAUAUUUGAACAUGGCUAUCCUAUCACCCCUUAACCUCCUCUUCUCCAGGCUAAACGUGCCCAGCUCCCUUAGCCGUUCCUCAUAAGGCAUCGUUUCCAGGCCUUUGACCAUUUUGGUUGCCCUCCUCUGGACAUGUUCCAGUUUGUCAGUGUCCUUCUUGAACUGUGGUGCCCAGAACUGGACACAGUACUCCAGGUGAGGUCUGACCAGAGCAGAAUACAGUGGCACUCUUACUUCCCUUGAUCUAGAUGCUAUACUCCUAUUGAUGCAGCCCAGAGCUGUUUUCUAGAGCUGUUUUAGUCUAGUUCUCCAGUGCCAAACUGCAUCCAAUGCAAACUUGGCCAGCUUUAGAAAUUCCAUUUUUAAAAAAAAAGCAUUCUGCCAUGACAAAGAUAUGAAUCAUUGUGCUUGGUAGUGUAGCUUGGCCCAAGUAACUUCACCUGUCUGCCUCAAACACCCACACAUCAACUCACCCCAAAUUGUGAGUGAGGAAUAUUUAAAAAUACCUACCUCACAAAUGGAAAAGUUGUGAGGUGUAGUAAAUGUCUGUAAAGUGCUUUGGAAUCCUUAGGCGUGUAGAAAGACAAAGUAUUGUAAUUAAAUAGCUUUGCUCUGUUUGCUAUGCUACCAUUUGUGAAGAAUCCCUACCAUUGCCACCACAGUAGGGGAGGGUUCAGGCAUGGAACAGGUGUUCCAGUCUAACACAGAAAGCUUUGAAAAUAAUAAACAACAAUGUUUUUGGAGACUAAUGCUUUAUUAUUGCUCUUAUUUUUGUGAACUCAAAACCAUGCCCUCUCCCUUUUCCUCCAAAGAUCCAGAUGUCUUGAAAUAAAAAAAAACAAAGCAGAGCAUUGUGAUUGCUGUCUAACCUUUUGGUUAAGUUAAUUGUAGGUACUGACCUGGUUAUUUAAGUGUUUAAUAUCUAUUUGCUGUAAAGUUUGUACAUUUUGUAAAACUUUUCUUCCUCAAAGAAAAAAAGUAGAUGUCUAAAAUCGUUGUACAUCGGAUUCUUUUAUACUCCAUCAUUUGGCACAAAAGUGUGGUUUUUAUUUAGAAUAAUAAAAUGAAAAACUUGAGAGUGUGGUGCAUUGCUCAUAGUUUGUGGUUGACACGCUAUGGAAAUAUUAUCAGAUCAAAUGAUAACAGAGGCUGCUCACCUGAGUCUUCUGCCUAUGCCAAAGGACUUUGCUCUGGGAUACUGGUACUCCUGACUUCUGUAAAUUCCUUGCACAAGGAGAGGCUGUUUUGCAUGCAGAAGGUUCCAAGUUCAGUCCUGAGCAUCCCUAAGUAGGCCUGCAAGAGACCUCUGCCUGCAACCCUGAAGAGCUGCUUCCAGUCAGUGUAGGCAGUACUGAGCUAGGUGGACAAAUAGUCUGUCUCUGUAUAGGGCAGCUUCCUUUGUUUCUAUAUUCAUACAUACAGACUUGUAACUUACCGUAUUUUUCGUCCCAUAGGACGCACCGGCCUAUAGGACGCACCUAGUUUUUUGGGGGGGAAAUAAAGGAAAACAUUUUUUCCUUUAUUUCCCCCCCAAAACCAGGUCGGGGAAUCCAAACCAGGUCGGGGAACAGCGGGAUGGCGGCGCUGCGCCACCCCGCUGUCCCCCGAGCUUGUGGGGCUGCCCGAUGUCUGCCCGAAGCGUGGGGCACUCUUCUUCAGCGCUCCCCGUGCUCCGUGCAGCAGGCUGCUAUCUGCAGCCUAGGGAGCCCUGCGGGAACUCCCGCAGGGCUCCCCAGGCUUGCAGAUAGCUUCCUGAAGCCUGGAGAGCGAGAGGGGUCGGUGCGCACUGACCCCUCUUGCUCUCCAAGCUUCAGCGAAAGCCUGCAUUUGCCCCGUAGGACGCACACAGAUUUCCCCUUCAUUUUGGGAGGGGAAAAAGUGCGCCCUAUAGGGUGAAAAAUACGGUAUAUUUUUGCCAGUAUUGGGGAAAAUGUUUGGGUCUUUCUACCCCCUGCAAAGGAACCAAUGUGUUGGGUCAUUUCUGAUCAAAUUGGGUUGGAAUUAAUUUUUCCUGCCUCGGCCUGAAAAACCUUUGUCAGGGCUGUUCAUUCCCUUUUAGAUAACAUUCGAAUGCAAAAGUCAACUCAAUGUGUUAUAAACAUCCUGCUUCCUUGUCUUCCUUCCCUAAACUUUAUCCAAGUAUUUUUUUUAAUCCAGAUGUUCACUUAUGUCCUUCAGCCCUUGUAUAAGAGUGCUAUUUUUAAGUGAUUUGUUAUCUUCUAGCAUUUGUAGUAACCUCCUCUUUUACCUUCUGUUCAUAUUGUUCUGAGAUUAUACUUGGCCUGGAUCUGUGCCCCCAUCACAAUUCUUGUAAUAAAGGCCAAAAUGGCAUUACAUAGGAAAUGCUGAGAACAUUUUGCUCAGCGCUUCCUCACAUGUCUGACCUUGACCUCUAGGAACAUGUGCCUUCCUAUAACCACUUAACUCUCACUUUAGAACGAGGGACCUCCAGAUCACAUACCCAUUUACCCCAUAUUUAUGUGGCAGAUUCCAUGAUAAUAUUGGCUAAAAAUUAGGCAAAGCUAAGUCACCAGCAAACUAAAAAGCUCAAUUUGAUAGAGUCUAUACCAGGGGUGGGGAACCUUUGGGCUUCCAGAUGUUGGUCUCCCAUCAGCUCCCAUCAGCUCCAGCCAACAUCAUCAAUGGCCCGGGCUGAUGGGAGCUAUGGUUAGGAAAUCUGGAGGGCCAAGGCCUAUUCACAUUAUUAUUUGAACAUUUUGGCAGCCAGGCAUCCCAACUCCACUAAAUCCCACCUCCAUAUGUUGGCACUCACUCCAUGGUUGUGUAAUCUCAUCACAUGCAAGGAUCCAGUUUUUUUCAUGCCUUUGCAAAUACGUUUUUUGAGCUAAUGAUACCAUGCUAAAAUCUGAGUCCUUGGUUUUGUGAACAGUCCCUCAGAUCCUCAACUUCCAUUUUUUAAAGCUUUAUUAGGCACCACUGGGCUGGAACCCUGUGAAUAGGGUUAGCAGAAGCUUCUUGAUUCAGUGACCGGAACUGCAGUGCUCCUG